GAAAACGACAAUAAUAUUAGGGGUUUAGCACUUUAUACGAAAAAGUGCUAAGCAAAAAAAUCUUUGGCGAAGGGGUUCUGGUCCCUUGCAGAUAAACCCUGACAGAGGUCUCUCCUUCUCCGGGAAAAACCCCUUGAGCCUUUUUGGUCUCCAAUCCAAGUUGGUACCCUUCAAUUAUUAAGCUCAAUCGACAGUAGCUUAUAAUGGAACCCAAGCUCUUGCUUUCUACAACCAAAGCCUCAGUAUCUUCUUCUUUACCCUUCUUUCUAUCUUUCAAGACUUCUUUUCUUCGACUACCCAAUGAUUCUGUCAAAACCCAUUUCUCUGGCUCAACGAUUCAACCAGAAAAGUCGCCAUUUUUGGGCAAAAGUUUGGUUUUACAGGAGAGAAGUGUUUUUUUCAAUAACCCCAGAAAAACCCAUGUCCCAUUUGGGCCAAUAAGAGCUGUUGUGAAGAGAAGGAAAGAGCUUCCUUUCGAUAACGUGAUACAAAAGGAUAAGAAGCUGAAAUUGGUUUUGAAGAUAAGGAAGAUUCUGGUGAACCAACCUGAUAGAAUUAUGUCGCUUAGAGAUUUGGGUAGGUACAGAAGAGAGUUGGGACUCAAUAAGAAACGGCGGUUCAUUGCUCUUUUAAAGAAGUUUCCGGCGAUUUUUGAGAUUGUGGAAGAAGGGGUCUUUUCAUUGAAAUUCAAACUGACCCCAGCAGCUGAAAAGCUUUACUUUGAGGAGUUGAAGAUUAGGAAUGAGAUGGAAGAUUUGUUAGUGGUGAAGCUGAGGAAACUUUUGAUGAUGUCCUUGGAUAAGAGAAUUUUGCUGGAGAAGAUUGCCCACCUGAAGAAUGACUUUGGGCUUCCCACAGAGUUUCGUGACACUAUAUGUCAUCGAUAUCCGCAAUAUUUCAGAAUUGUGGCAACUGAGCGAGGUCCCGCAUUAGAAUUAACUCAUUGGGAUCCCGAGCUUGCUGUUUCAGCAGCUGAGCUUUCUGAGGAGGAAACUCGGGAGAGGGAGCUAGCAGAGAAGGAUUUGAUUAUUGACAGGCCUCUUAAAUUCAACAGAGUUAAGCUACCAAAGGGUCUUAAUCUAUCCAAGGGUGAGAUGAGGAAGAUAGCACUUUUUAGAGACAUUCCUUAUAUAUCCCCUUACUCUGAUUUCUCAGAGUUGAGACCGGGUACAAGGGAGAAAGAAAAACAUGCUUGUGCUGUUGUUCAUGAGAUUCUGAGCCUCACUAUCGAGAAAAGAACCCUUGUGGAUCACCUUACUCAUUUUCGGGAGGAGUUUCGGUUUUCUCAGCAGGUGAGGGGAAUGCUGAUUAGGCACCCGGAUAUGUUUUAUGUGUCCUUGAAAGGGGAUAGAGAUUCAGUUUUUCUAAGGGAAGCAUAUCGUGAUUCUCAGUUGAUAGACAAGGAUCGUUUGUUAAUCAUCAAGGAGAAGCUUCGUUCUCUAGUUUCUGUUCCUCGAUUUCCAAGAAGAGGCGCUCCUCGGAGAGAUUCAGAUUCACAAGAUGUUGAUGUUAAGUCAGAAGAUGGAGCUGACGAGGAAGGAGAAGAAUGGGCUAAUGCUGAUGAUUUCAGGAAUGAUUCUGGGUUUGAUGAUGAUGGUGUUGAAGAUGAUGAUGACGAAGAUGAUUGGAGUGAUGAAGAUGAUGAAACACCACCAGAUUUUGAGGAAGAUGGUGAUUCUAUGAGUGUUGGAGUGAGAAACUCAAACAAACAGGACUUGAACUCAACAAAGCAUGAUGAGAAAGUCCUUACUCCUGUCUUGCCUGAUGGUCGGCCAAGAGAACGCUGGUAAAAUUGGCUGAGACUGUCUACUUCUUGAUUUGUCCAGGGGCCUUGAUAAGAGAGCUUGUUUUCUGUUUUGAACUUGCUUACUCUGGAAAUUUCAUCCGCGGACUCCUAUUACCGUUAUACUGUAUGGGCUUAGGACCUUGUUCCUUGCAUAUUUGGAUUAGGAAAGUGCAAUGUAAUAGACAAGACAUCAACUACACAUGUAAUAUUCUUCUCAGAAUGUAACAUUUCUAAAGAUUAGUUUCCUAUUUGGAAGAGCAUUUAACUGAAAUUGUACUAAAUAACAAUUUUUUUGUUGUUGCAAGUUUUGCCACUAACAGGUUCAUGCUUAUAAAGAAUAAUAAUGAAUGAAAUUUGUUAAUAUGCAGUAGUUCAGGCUCUCUGAAUAUGUAUCCUUUAUUUUUUGCACUUGCUCCAGCUUAUUAAAAUAUCAUGGAACGUUGUUAACUGUUGAUGACUGGUACGAAGAUUUUCAAUCAUCACAAGGUCAAAAGUUGUGUAUGACACUGUUUCUUGUUCAUGCAGCUUCUCCAAUUUUCAAGGCUUCGAAAUCACUGGUUCAAACUGUUGCAUAAUUGGCCGUUUAUUAUGUUGAUAAGGGCUUAUAAUGAGCUGCUAGUAGUAGUCCUCAUCCUCCGAAAGAACAAAAGCUACAAUUGGAUUUGGAGGGUGAGACUACAUGUUUAAUCCUGAACACAUAAUAGAGAACCUUUACAUCAUGAUCAGGUGAAUGGCCAUGGAAUCUUGGUUGAUUUAAUCUCCCAAAAAGCGCAUGUCGUCAUUCGUGUCGUCAUGUUCUUCAUACUUUGCAACUUGCAUCCAAAUUAUCUAUCGAGAAUAAAGAUUAGGAACUUGCCUUGUGUGGACAUAAUGUCGUAGCAUGUAUUGUUGAAGGUUCCUUGGCCACUUUAUUCUUCACUGAGGUUGAUAAAGAUGCAAUGGCCCCAAGUUCCACUUCCUCUUGUCCAUUUGGGUUGAAAGAACCUAUAAUGUGGAACAUGAGGUUGUGGUUACGCCACUCGUGUCAGAAUCAAGGAUAUUCCUAAUUUAUACCAUUCUCUAUAUGCACACGUGCACACACGUGUGAACCCCAAAUCUUGGGAACUAUAAAUAGGUGUAUCAGGACACACUCUGAGUAAGCAAAAGGUCUUGUGGCCUAACAAAGAGGUCUCUAGCUCACUCAUAAAAAGAGCUAGAGAAAAGCAGCAAUAAUAGUUAGUUUUUGUUCUGUGAUGAUCUCAUCUAUGGUAGCCGUCUUAUCACUCUCCCUUAAGGCUUCUAGAUUUUGGUGAAUGGCAAAAGCUGGGAGCCUUAAGGGGAGAGUGGCUAGAUUGGUGCCAUGAGUUUUCUAUUCCAAGGACAUCAGAUCAGAGUACUUACGGCCUGGCCUUCUUUGGCCCUUGUUUGUUCUUGUUGCUAACCAUUUUGCUUUUUGUUGUGCUUAAACUUCAGUAACUAUUCUCUUUCAGUUGUUUCAGGUCUUAAAAGGUCUCCUUGUUCUAGCAAAAGAACUCAAUUAUUUCACAGUUGUUUUCAGGUCUUUAAAGGUCUCCUUGUUCUAGCAAAAGAACUCAUUUAUUUCAUGGAAAUUUGAGUGAGAAAAUGUCAUUAGUAAGAUGUGAAAACAUCACUCUUCUAUACCACCUAUGCGUCUACGUGUCCUUAUAUAAUUAUAAAUAUAUAUAUAUAUUUCCAACAUA